CGGGACUCGCGGAGCGGCACUGGGCAUGCUCAGUCGCCGGAGCCCGUCCUGGUCUCAAGUAGGAAGCUCGUGCGCUGCACCCGCAGCUGAUCCGGGCGCUCCGGGGAAGGCGAGAUUGGAGCAGAGCGGCCGGGCGCCGGUGCCGGAGCGAGCGCGGCGCGCAUCGCUGGUCGGAGCUGCUGUGGGUGAGCUGCUGUGGUCUGUAGCCAAGCAUGCUGUGGUCGGAUCUGCCCAGCCGUGGAACAGAAACAUUUGCUGGAUGGAAAAUCCAUAAAAGAAAGCUCCUGUGAAAGCCGGAGACAGACAGUAACUUCAGCAAAAUCAGAUAUUUGGGCUGCUUGACCUCAUUGCGUGAUUGCUAUGAAUUAACAAGACUUUGUGGGAAAAGGGAACUUGCCUUUUGAGCUUUGUACCAAAGACCUGGGUAAAAAGUAACUAACCAUCUCAGUCUUUCCUGAGUACUUGGAAACUGCCGAGACCCCUGCUAAUGUGCUGACUGGUCGCUAUGGGCAGACGGUACCCGGAGGCUCACUGUCACCCAAGCAGCUCAUAUUUCAAAUUAUAACCUAUUUCCUGCUCCACUGCUGGCGUCCAGUGAUCCAUGUCAGAAGUACUUCCAGCUGACUCAGGUGUAGACACUUUGGCAGUGUUUAUGGCCAGCAGCGGAACCACAGACAUCACGAAUCGGAACAGUCCAGCCACACCACCAAAUACCCUUAAUCUCCGUUCCUCCCACAAUGAACUGUUGAAUGCUGAAAUAAAACACACGGAAACCAAGAACAGCACACCCCCCAAAUGCAGGAAAAAAUAUGCACUAACUAACAUCCAGGUGGCAAUGGGCCUCUCCGACCCAGCUGCACAGCCUCUGCUGGGAAACGGCUCUGCCAACAUCAAGCUGGUGAAAAAUGGCGAGAACCAGCUCCGGAAGGCUGCAGAACAAGGGCAGCAGGACCCCAACAAAAAUGUCAGCCCCACUGCAGUCAUCAACAUAACUUCUGAGAAGUUAGAGGGCAAAGAGCCCCACCCACGCGAUUCCUCAGGCUGUGAAAUUUUACCCUCCCAACCCAGGAGAACCAAGAGCUUCCUAAAUUACUAUGCAGACCUGGAAACCUCAACCAGAGAAUUAGAGCAGAACUUAGGCAACGAGCACGGGGGUGUGGAAGAGAAGCCCCAGCCGGGCCAGGACCAGGCCUCCACCGUCAUCGGGAAUGGCGAAGCACUCCCACAGAAACCAAACAAAGCCCAGUUCAGCCCCGAAGACGGUCAAGUGGCCACCGUGUCAUCCAGCCCAGAGACCAAGAAAGAUCAUCCCAAAACGGGGGCCAAAACCGACUGCGCCCUGCACCGGAUCCAGAACCUGGCACCGAGCGAUGAGGAGUCCAGCUGGACGACACUGUCCCAGGACAGCGCCUCACCCAGUUCCCCGGAUGAAACAGCAGAUAUAUGGAGUGAUCACUCCUUUCAGACCGAUCCGGAUUUGCCGCCUGGCUGGAAGAGAAUCAUUGACGUCGCUGGAACCUAUUAUUGGCACAUACCAACAGGGACCACUCAGUGGGAGCGCCCUGUCUCCACCCCGCAGAUCUCCAUGGUUACUAGAAAAGGGUCACUUAGUUCUGUAACGCCAUCCUACCCAGAGCACGAGAAACAGCCAUGGAGUGAUUUUGCUGUUCUGAAUGGGGGAAAGAUUAAUAGUGACAUUUGGAAGGAUUUGCAUGCAGCUACAGUUAACCCGGACCCCAGUUUAAAAGAGUUUGAAGGAGCGACACUCCGCUAUGCAUCUUUGAAACUCAGAAAUGCCCCCCAUGCUGAUGACGACGAUUCCUGCAGUAUCAAUAGUGACCCAGAAGCCAAGUGUUUUGCUGUGCGUUCCCUGGGAUGGGUGGAAAUGGCAGAGGAGGACCUCGCCCCUGGUAAAAGCAGCGUUGCCGUCAACAACUGCAUCAGGCAGCUUUCUUACUGCAAAAAUGACAUCCGGGAUACGGUCGGCAUCUGGGGAGAGGGGAAAGACAUGUACCUGAUCCUGGAGAACGACACACUCAGCCUGGUGGACCCCAUGGACCGCACCGUGCUCCACUCCCAGCCCAUCGCGAGCAUCCGUGUGUGGGGCGUGGGCCGCGACAACGGCCGAGAUUUUGCUUACGUAGCAAGAGACAAAGAUACGCGAAUUUUGAAAUGUCAUGUAUUUCGAUGUGACACACCAGCAAAAGCCAUUGCCACAAGUCUCCACGAAAUCUGUUCUAAGAUUAUGGCCGAACGGAAGAAUGCCAAAGCCCUGGCCUGCAGUUCCUUACAGGAAAGAACCAAUGUGAAUCUCGACGUUCCCUUGCAAGUAGAUUUUCCAACACCAAAGACUGAGCUGGUCCAGAAGUUCCACGUGCAGUACUUGGGCAUGUUACCCGUAGACAAACCCGUCGGAAUGGAUACCCUGAACAAUGCCAUAGAAAGUCUUAUGACCUCAUCUAACAAGGAGGAUUGGCCGUCAGUGAACAUGAAUGUGGCCGAUGCUACUGUGACUGUCAUCAGUGAAAAGAAUGAAGAGGAAAUCUUAGUGGAGUGCCGCGUGCGAUUCCUGUCCUUCAUGGGCGUCGGGAAAGAUGUUCAUACAUUUGCCUUCAUCAUGGACACCGGGAACCAGCGUUUCGAGUGCCACGUUUUCUGGUGCGAGCCUAAUGCGGGUAACGUGUCUGAGGCGGUACAGGCCGCCUGCAUGUUACGAUACCAGAAGUGCUUGGUAGCCAGGCCGCCUUCACAGAAAGUUCGACCACCUCCUCCGCCAGCAGACUCAGUGACCAGAAGAGUCACAACCAAUGUAAAACGAGGGGUCUUAUCCCUCAUUGACACUUUGAAACAGAAACGCCCUGUCACAGAAACGCCAUAGCUGCAUAUGCUACAGGAUUCUGUAAUAUUUACCUGAAGAUUGAAUAGCUACACUAAAGAAGAUGAACGAUAUCUGGCCUUCCAUUCAGUUGCUGAUGCUUUGUCUUCAGAGAAUUUAUCCUUAACCAAACAGUGUUAGACAAGCAUGUUCUCUCGUCUUGCCACCAUCAUGUGAUAUGAAAAGAAGCAUGACUAAUUUUUUUUGCUAUCAGUAAGAUACAUCAUGAGCAGUGGAAGGUCUUUUUCUUAUUGUAAAUAUCGUGAACAUUAACUUCACACACACGGAGAAGAAUGUGGCCACACCCCUCCUAGUGAACUAACGCUGAGUCCUUGGAGUGAAUGACGCCUGAGUUUCACUGUCUUCUUGACUGGAUCUGUCACAAGCAAUGUUUAAGUCCUGCAGCACUUGGCCCUGUUGCCAACAUUGGAGUAGCCACUGCGUACCAGAUACCAUUGAAUUGCUGUAAAACUGGGAUGAUGGGUUUUUGUUGCAGUCUUUCAUGAAAUUGAACCUUUGGGUUGACAGAAUUGGCUGUUGGCAUCAGUACAGAAACCAACCGGCAGCUUUCCUUGACAAGCCCUUUGACACAUGGACACCAUUUCAUGUCUGCAGCUGUUUUGUGGGAUGUUGGGGAAAAAGUGAAACUUGAAAAUUGAAAAACAAACCAAAUUUGAGAAAUUAAAAUUGAACAAAAAAGAGCCUUUCUUUCUAGACGGUUUUCAAACUGAUUAUUAAAAACAAGAAAGAUUUAAGAAAAUCCUAAUGCAUUUCGGGUAGGACAUGUUUCAAACUUCUGCCUUAUAUUGUACAAUGCAGCUAGAGAAUUAUAGUUCACUCUGGCCAUUCUCUACAUAAACAUUAAAAUGAAAUCUUCCUCGUA